AUGUUUCAGAAUUGAAGAAUUUCCUCAAUCUUUUUCUUUUGCAUGCAUCACACUUACACAAAGCCUUAUUAUUGAGCCAAUCCUUUGCAUUAUUUCCUUUGCCUUUACCACUAGUGCUCUAUAUAUAUUUAGUGUGAAAAAAAGAGACCCAAUCAUCUUUACAUCUAUAUCAUAUACACAUUCUUCUUUUUAAUUCACUAAAGUUCAAUCAAGAGUAUCUCGAUCACCUCAACUAAAUCUCCAUCUUAGCCAGGCCUUACAAAUUAAGUUACAAAAACCACUCAACAACAAAACUCUUCCCUCAAUUCAAAAAAGAAAAACAAAAAGAAUCGAUGUCUGUAACUGUAUCUUCUUCAACCUUGGAAUCUGGAUCAAGCCCAAGAAUUACGAAAUGGGUUUCAAAAGAUUUCAUCAACUCCAUUAUUUCCGAGCUGAAAUUACAAAGAGGCAUCGCUCUUCCACUCGUCGCUAUGAACUUAACAUGGUUUGUAAAGAUAGCCAUUACCACCGCUUUCCUUGGCCGUCUCGGCGAUCUUCCAUUAGCCGCCGGAACACUCGGUUUCACCUUCGCAAAUGUCACUGGCUUUUCCGUUUUGAAUGGUCUCUGUUGUGCCAUGGAGCCCAUUUGCGGUCAAGCCUUCGGCGCCAAGAACUUCCAACUCCUUCACAAAACUCUGUUCAUGUCCAUCUUCCUUUUACUCCUCGCUACACUUCCAAUUUCAUUCCUCUGGCUCAACGUCGACACAAUCUUGAUCCAUUUCGGUCAACAAAAAGACCUUUCAAUCGCCGCUAAAACCUAUCUUUUCUAUCUCCUCCCUGAUUUGUUAAUCACUUCAUUCCUCUGCCCAUUGAAAUCUUAUCUCAGUUCACAAACAGAGACCCUCCCGAUCAUGUUGUCCUCUGCUCUGGCUUUGGCCCUUCAUGUACCCAUCAACCUUUUUCUUGCUAAAUCCAAGGGAUUGAUUGGGGUUUCAAUAGCGAUUUGGGUAACAGAUUUUGUAGCAAUGAUUUCAUUAGCGAUUUACGUUUGGUUGAAACAAAGUAUGAGUAAUAAUGAAGAAGGUGGGGGGUGGUUUGAUCAAACUGUUCAAGAUUGGGUUCGCCUAUUGAAGCUUUCAGGUCCGUGUUGCUUAACCACCUGUCUUGAAUGGUGGUGUUACGAGAUUCUGAUACUUCUCACCGGCCGUCUUCCCAAUGCUAAACAAGCCGUAGGGACUAUAGCUAUAGUAUUAAACUUCGAUUAUUUGCUUUACUCUGUUAUGUUAUCGUUAGCCACGUGUGCUUCGGCGCGUGUGUCGAACGAGUUGGGUCGGAACAGUGAGUUGGCGGCGAGGUGGUCGGCGGGGGUAUCGGUGGUGGGGAGUGUGGUGGUUGGAUUGAUGGGGGCGGCGGCGAUGGUGGCAGGGAGAGGGGAAUGGGGGAGGAUUUUUACUAGAGAUGAAGGGGUUGUGAGAAUGGUGAAGAAGAUGCUGGUUUUGAUGGCUGCGAUUGAGGUGGUGAAUUUUCCGGUGGCGGUUUGCGGCGGAGUAGUGAGAGGAGUGGGGAAGCCGUUGAUGGGGUUGGGUGCGAGUCUUGGUGGGUUCUAUGGAGUGGCUUUGCCUUUGGGGAUGGUGUUGGGGUUUAAAGUUGGGGUUGGGCUUGGUGGGCUUUUGAUUGGGUUCUUGGUUGGAGUGUUUGUGUGUUUGAUUUUGUUAAUGGUUUUUGUUUGGAGGAUUGAUUGGGGGAAAGAAGCUCAAAGGGCUCAGCUUAUGGCUAAAGAUGGAGAGAUUGUUGUUGUUGAUAAUGUAAAAACAUGAGGUUAGAAAUAAGCUCAUUUGUUCUAUGUUGUACUAAAGAUCUAAUGGAAGUUAUACAGACGUGGACUUUGGAAAAGGGUAUCAAGGAGGUUGCAUAGUGACGGUUUCUAAAUUUAAACUUGAAAUUUGAGAAACCUUUCUAUAAACGUGUCGGUUGAGUCUAAUCUAUGUAAUGAAGGAUAAGACAAGAGCUAGAAAGAAAUUUCUCAUUACUCAGACAAGUUUCGAAAGAGAUGGUAGAGUUUUAGAACUUCACUUGAAUCUAGCUCUAGCUCCAUCCCACUAAGGGAUUUUGACAUUCCACUCCAUGUAUGACUCUUUCAAACCAUCACUAUAGUUUUAGCUUCAAACUUACACUUAACGACUGUGAUGGACAUAACUGUAAUCUUUGAAAAUUGUUGAGAAAUUUACGUUGAAGAACUCACAUUUCUUAUA